ACUCUAAAAGCUAAAAAUAAACAUAGGCUUAUCUAAUAUUUGUGAGGAUGAUGCUUCCCUUAUUCUUCAUUUUCUGUCUCUUCAGCAGCUCCCAUGCUGCUGUGCAAGACUUCUGUGUCGCUGACCUCACGGCUCCUCAAGGCCCUGCAGGCUACUCUUGCAAGGACCCUUCAAAGGUCACAGUGAAUGAUUUUGUUUUCUCUGGCCUAGGCAAUCCUGGUAACACCUCAAAUCUUUUUAAAGCCGCGUUGACUCCAGCAUUCGCUGCGCAAUUUCCUGGUGUCAAUGGCCUUGGAAUUUCUUUUGGUCGUUUAGACGUGGCACCUGGCGGAGUUGUGCCAUUUCACACACAUCCUGGAGCUUCAGAAAUCUUAUUUGUUGCGGAAGGAACAAUCCUUGCCGGGUUUGUUUCCUCAGCUAACACUGUUUACUUUAAAUCCCUUAAGAUGGGUGACAUUAUGGUUUUCCCUCAAGGAUUACUUCACUUCGAAAUAAAUACGGGAGGGACUGUGGCUAUUGGAUUUGUUAGCUUCAGUAGUUCAAACCCAGGUCUCCAAAUUCUGGACUAUGCUUUGUUUGGAAACAAUUUACCUACUGAAUUGGUAGCAGCGACUACUUUCCUUGACACAGCUCAGAUUAAAAAGCUUAAAGGUGUUUUUGGUGGAACUGGUUAAGGUCUUCGGAGAUCAUCUACCAAUAAAAAUAUUUCCUCAAGGGUUAUAGAUUUUUAAUAAGUGCAUUUAUGACUAGUAUGCGAGCCAACAUUCCGUUGAUGGCAAAUGUAAAUGUCUUUGACGAAGCAAGAUAAAUAAAUGCUUGAUAUUUAUUUUGUGUUCC